AUGGCGGAAGAAGAGGAGGAGACCGUCGCCCCGACCGAGAAAAUCGUCAGGAGCCAACUAGUGUUUCUGAACCUGCUGGACACAUACAGCAGCAAGAAUAUCGGGAAGUACUUAUCUAACUGUAUGGUUGGGGCUUCACUUGAAGAAAUAACAGAAGAAGAAGAAGAAGAUGUUGAAAGCAAAUCAGCUGGCCUAGAAGGCUCAGCAGCUAAAUCAAAGGAAGGCACUUUUCAGAUAGUAGGAACCCUUUCCAGUCCCGAAUGCAUGCCUCCCAAAUUUGCCAUGGAAACAUACUCAAACCUUUCCCGAGAAGAACUGCUGUUGCACCUGCUUGAAUGUGAUAUUAUCAUUUAUAACAUCACAGAAAACAUACCACAAGUUGAUGAAGCUAUGUGGGCUGUUUCUGCACUAAGAGAAGAAACAAGCCAUUUUGAAAAACGAAAGAUAUUUAUCUUACUAUCAACAAUGAUGACCUGGGCACGAUCCAAACCCCUUGACCCUGAUGAUCUUGAAAUUCUCUUUAGUGAAGAGGAUUAUCGUAGGAGAAAACCUCAUCCUAAUUUUUUAGACCAUAUAAAUGCUGAAAAAUUGGUCCUAAAAACUGGAAAAAAUAACAAAAAAUUUGCAACCUAUGUAGUUGCUUCUGGACUAAUUUAUGGAGCAGAAGAAGGCAUCUUACAUUUAUUUUUUAAGAUGGCAUGGUUAGGUGAAACGCUUACAUUACCAGUCUUUGGUGAUGGUACAAAUAUAAUUCCAGCAAUUCAUGUCCUUGAUUUAGCAGGUGUCUUACAAAAUAUAGCUGACCACGUGCCAAAGGUUCACUACCUAAUCGCAAUGGAUGAAGCUUCUCAUACGCAAGAAGAUAUAUUAAAGUGCAUCAGUAAAAAUGUUGGUCCAGGAAAAAUCCAAAAAUAUGCUAAAGAAAAUGCAUUUUUAAGCAAAGAAUUAACACAAGGACAGCUUGACCAUUUGUUAGUCAACUUGAGAAUGGAAGCUUUAUUUGUGAAAGAAAAUUUUAACAUUAGGUGGGUUGCCCAAUCAGGAUUUGUGGAAAAUAUAGCGAAUAUCCUCAAAGAAUACAAGCAAAGUAGAGGAUUAUUGCCCGUUAAGAUUUGUAUUCUUGGUCCUCCUGCUGUGGGGAAAUCAUCUAUUGCGGAAGAAGUGUGCAAGCACUACAGAUUACACCAUAUUAAAAUAAAGGAUGUGAUUACUGAAGCCAUAGCAAGGCUGGAGCUUCUUGUUGCACCAAAAGAAGACACAGAAGGAGAAGGCCAAGAAGAUACUGAUAAUGAUGAAGAAGAAGAAGAAAACUUAGAAGAGAUUCAAGAACUCUUAGAUGGAGCCAAAGAAAGCAUGGAACAGAAUGGAGGUCGCUUAGAAGAUCAAUAUGUAAUUAGAUUCAUGAAGGAAAAACUAAGGUCUAUGCCGUGCAAAAACCAAGGUUACGUUUUGGAUGGAUUCCCAAAGACCUAUGAUCAAGCAAAAGACUUGUUUAAUCAAGAAGAAGAGGAAGAAGAAGAAGAAUCUAGAGGCAAAAUUCCUCCAUUUGAUAAAUUAACUAUACCUGAAUUUGUUUUUGCUUUGGAUGCAUCUGAUGAAUUCUUAAAGGAGAGAGUCAUGAAUCUUCCUGAAGCCAUUGUAGUUGGAACCCACUACGUCCAGGAUAGAUUCUUGAGGUCACUUAGUAACUAUCGUGAUAUAAAUACCGAAGAUGAGACAGUUUACAACUAUUUUGAUGAACUUGAAAUCCAUCCACACCACAUUGAUGUAGGAAGAUUUGACCAUCCUCAGAAUAAACUUGCCAUUGGGCAGAUUAUCAAAGAUAUUGGAAAGCCUCGAAACUAUGGCUUAACAGAUGAAGAAAAAGCAGAAGAAGAACAUAAAGCUGCGGAGGAACGCCUAGCAAAGGAGGCUGCAGAGGAGGCAGAGCGGGAGCAUAGGGAGGCUAUUGAAACAGCAGAAAAGAUAGCACGUUGGGAGGAGUGGAAUAAACGACUAGAGGAAGUGAAAAGAGAAGAAAGAGAAUUACUUGAGGCACAAUCUGUUCCACUUAGAAACUAUUUAAUGACAAAUGUGAUGCCAACACUCAUGCGAGGCCUGAAUGAAUGUUGUAAGGUCAGGCCAGAUGAUCCAGUCGAUUUUCUGGCGGAAUAUCUCUUCAAGAACAACCCUGAAAUGGAUUGAAAUGGAAAAUAUCUCAUGUUUUUAAAGAAUUAGGAAGAAAUUUAACAUAGAAAUCUGAAAAAUAGCUUUAAAAAUGUUUUUUGGUAUUUAGGACAAUGAUUAAUUUUAUUUCUCUGCAAACAAAUGUUCUAUUUAUUUAGUAAAACCAUUAUUCAAAGCCACAUGGUAAUGAGUGACUUUUUCUUUGCCCUGGAUCUGUAAUUUCAUCAGUAUAGGGAACUCCUCACGAGGAAAUUUCCUCCACCAAUGCAGAUCAACAGCUGUUCUGAGUUGUAUAGUAUCAGAAAGUUGCCUGGAGAACUGAAAUGUUAAGUGAGAUGUUAACUCAUAUAACCAGUUUGUAUCAGAAGCAACACAUAAACUCAGGUCUUCCCGACCCCAUGGCCAGCUCUCUAUCAGGCUUUGUCUCCAUAAAUGACUACUACAUGCAAAGUAGAAUUUGGAAGGGAUGUGGACCACAGGCCAGCUAUAGGGAGCUCACAUAGCAAAAUAUAGAUCUCACAGCUUGUUAAUUUUGUUCUUAGACUAUCACUAAAUAUUUUACACAUCAAAGAUUACAGAUAGUAUUUAUUUACAGUAUGAAGAAAAAACAAAUUAGUUUUAACUUGGGUAGGUGAACUAAUGGGUUUCUCUGUUUGGGUUUUUUAAUGACCAAAGCACCAGUGGCAUUAAAUGUUUAUUUUUAAAUGAUGAUUAAUACUUUUAACUCAUAAUAAGUCAAACAUAAUUAACCUUCACUAAGACAUUUUUGUAUACUGCAGUAAA